AUGCCAUCUUCUCCAGUUCGUGAUUCCCACGAGACUCAAGACGAAAACUUGAGGGAGAGUGAGUCUCAAUCGCAAUCUCAGCCAAAUGUGCCAUCAUCACCACUUUUUUUUGCUACAUCUUCAUCCAAUCCAGCUUCUGAGACAAAUAGAAAUGAAAGUCAAUCACAAAGAAGAGAUAUCUCCUCACCAUUACACUAUACUUCUUCCGUUCAUCAUACUUCAGAUGCGGGAUCUGGUGCGUUUCAAAGCUCUACUAGAAGAUCAGAUAGAAUUACAAGUGAUGUCGACAGAAUUGUAAGGAGAUAUACGAGAAGUGAUUUAAAUGAUUCAACUUCAUCACCAAUGAGAAGAAGGCUUUUUAACGAAAGCACAAUCAAUCAAAAUUCAGAUAAUACCAAUCCCUUGUCUAAUCCUUCAGAGGGCACCGAGGCCUUAGGUGUCAGCGAUGAGCCUGUUAGGGUUAUUUGGGGAACAAAUGUUUCAAUUCAGGACUGCUCAAAUUCUUUUAGAGAAUUCUUAAUGUCGUUUAAAUACAAAUAUCGUAAGGUAAUGGAUGAACAGGAAGUCACUGAUCAAGAUAACGAACUUUACUACGUCAAUCAAAUGAACAAUUUACGUGAACUUGGGCUCACAAACUUAAAUCUUGACGCAAAAAAUCUUUUGUCAUACCCUCCUACUAAGAAACUCUACUACCAAUUGAUCAAUUAUCCGCAAGAAGUAAUCCCGAUCAUGGAUCAAACUAUUAAAGAUUGCAUGGUAUCACUUGUUAUUGAUGAUAACGAUGGCGCAGCAGGAAGUUAUAAUAUUGACGAAAUUGAGACCAACAUAUAUACUGCGCGUCCUUUUAAUAUUAAUACUGUUGAGAAGGGGAUGAGAGAACUUAAUCCAAAUGAUAUAGAUAAAUUGGUUAGUGUGAAAGGCUUGGUACUAAGAUCAACGGCCAUUAUUCCCGAUAUGAAAGUCGCUUUCUUCAAAUGUAAUGCUUGUGAUCAUACGAUCGCUGUCGAAAUUGACAGAGGAGUCAUAUCAGAACCAACGAAAUGUCCGAGAGAAGUCUGCGGUCAAAUGAAUUCCAUGAUGAUUAUACAUAACAGAUCUUCUUUUGCCGACAAGCAGGUGAUAAAAUUGCAAGAAACUCCUGAUUUAGUGCCGGAUGGGCAGACCCCUCAUUCCAUAAAUCUCUGUGUUUAUGAUGAGUUGGUUGACAGUUGUCGUGCUGGUGAUCGUAUCGAAGUAUGUGGUAUUUUCAGAUCAUUGCCAAUAAGAGCUAAUUCUAGACAAAGGGCUUUAAAGAGCUUGUAUAAGACUUAUUUGGAUGUUGUGCAUGUCAAAAAAAUUGAUAAGAAGAGAAUGGGAGCAGAUACCUCUACAUUGCAGAGCCACACUCCUGGUCAAGAACAGGAAGUAGAGCAAGUCAGAAAACUCUCACAAGACGAAGUCGAUAGAAUAAAAGUGGCUUCUGAGCGGGAUGAUUUGUAUGAAGUUUUAGCUCGUUCUUUAGCUCCAUCCAUAUAUGAAAUGGAUGAUGUGAAAAAAGGUGUUUUGCUACAAUUAUUUGGAGGAACGAAUAAGACAAUCAAAAAGGGAGGAAGAUAUAGAGGUGACAUCAAUGUUUUACUCUGUGGUGACCCUUCCACGUCAAAGUCUCAAUUAUUGCAAUAUGUCCAUAAAAUUGCUCCUCGUGGUGUUUACACUUCAGGAAAAGGCUCUUCUGCUGUAGGAUUAACGGCAUAUAUAACAAGGGACAUAGAUACUAAGCAAUUGGUUCUUGAAAGUGGUGCUUUAGUGUUGUCUGAUGGGGGUGUUUGUUGUAUAGAUGAGUUCGAUAAAAUGAGCGAUUCAACACGAUCAGUUUUACACGAGGUGAUGGAACAACAAACUAUAUCUAUUGCAAAAGCAGGGAUAAUUACCACAUUGAAUGCUAGAACAUCAAUUUUAGCGUCUGCAAAUCCAAUUAAUUCGAGGUAUGACCCUAAUUUACCGGUGACUGCAAAUAUUGAUCUCCCUCCUCCACUUGUUUCAAGAUUUGACUUAGUGUAUCUAAUUCUAGAUAAAGUCGACGAAAAGAUUGAUCGUCAAUUAGCAAGACAUUUGACUGAUAUGUAUCUUGAGGAUGUACCAGACAAGGUAACUGACAAUUUCGUCUUUCCUGUGGAAUUCUUGACUUCUUACAUUCAGUACGCCAAAGAAAACUAUCACCCUGUGAUGACCGAAGCGGGAAAACAAGAACUUGUUAGAGCAUAUGUGGAAAUGAGAAAGCUAGGUGAUGAUAGUAGAUCUUCUCAAAAAAGAAUUACUGCAACAACCAGACAGCUUGAGUCGAUGAUCAGGUUAUCAGAAGCUCAUGCGAAAAUGAGACUUAGUCAUUUAGUGGAGUUGACUGAUGUAAAGGAAGCUGUAAGGCUAAUUAAGGCUGCAAUCAAAGAAUAUGCAACAGACCCAGUUACAGGAAGAAUCGACAUGGAUAUGGUUCAGACAGGAACCACCUCUGCACAAAGACGGAUGCAGGAAGAUCUCACUAAAGAAAUAAUGUCUUUGAUUGAAGAGAACAACAAUGCAAUGAGGUUCGUAGACUUAGCCGUUAAACUAAAUGAAAAAGUUUCCUUCAAGGUUGAAAACCAUGAUAUAAACGAAGGUGUUAAAAGAUUGCAACAAGAGGGUAAAAUUAUCGAGACAGGUGAUAGUCAUAGGCGGACGAUUAGGAAGGUUUCAGUUUUAUGA